AGGAGGGGUACCGGAUAGGACGUCAAGCCAUGGGCUGUACUGUCUGGAUGGGAGGGACCACCUGAUCCCAGCUGCAGACCCUAUCUAUGCAGACUGUCAGCCAUGUCAUUGAGUCAUCCUGAGAGCACAUAGGAGGUGAACUUGUAUACAGACCCUAUCUGACACUGCUGGGAUAGACUGAGCCACCAUCAUCACCUCUCUCUGGGACAUCUGCCCACCCCUCCUUUAUUCAUCAAGGAACAAUUUGGACUUUUGCUUUUGGAGAAGAUGAAGCUGUGGAGCUUUUCGUUGAUUUUUAUCGAUCUUUGUUACCUAUGGCAUGUACAUGCAGAGUUUUUCACUUCAAUUGGUCAGAUGACGGACUUAAUAUACAAAGAAAGGGAUUUGGUACAAUCUUUAAAAGAAUAUAUUCGGGAAGAGGAGGAGCGACUCUCUAAAAUCAAAAGCUGGGCAGCUCGGGUAGAUGAACUAACUAGCAAGUCAACUGCAGAUCCAGAAGGCUAUCUUGGCCACCCCGUCAAUGCAUAUAAACUAGUGAAGAGACUCAACACUGAUUGGGUGUUAUUGGAGAACCUAGUGCUUCAGGAUUCUACUAAAGGAUUUAUAGCAAAUCUCACAAUUCAAAGAGAAUUCUUUCCAGGUGAAGAAGAUGAAACUGGUGCAGCAAAAGCUUUAAUGCGUCUGCAGGACACAUACAAACUUGAUCCAGAUACAAUAGCAAAAGGAAAGCUGCCUGGAUCCAAAUACGUUUCAUCCUUGUCAGCGGACGACUGCUUCGGUAUGGGCAAAAUUGCAUAUGGCGAUGCUGAUUAUUACCAUACUGUGCUGUGGAUGCAGCAGGCCCUGAAAUUAUUGGAUGAAGGGGAAGAGGCUGCUGUUAGCAAAGUGGAGGUUCUAGAUUACCUCAGUUACACGGUCUUCCAGCUGGGUGAUAUACACCGGGCAGUGGAGCUCACUAGAAGACUACUAUCACUCGAUUCAACUCACGAUCGUGCUGGGGGUAACCUAAGAUAUUUCGAGAAGUUAUUAGAAAAAGAGCGCGCAGAAAAAAAAAAGAAUAACACCUCAGUCACAGAGCCUCCCGUACCACAUUCUGGGGUCUAUGAAAGGCCACAGGACUACUUACCAGAGCGUGAAACAUACGAAGCUCUUUGCCGUGGAGAGGGUGUGAGAAUGACUCCAAAAAGACGGAAGAGACUACACUGUAGAUAUCAUGAUGGAAAUAAAAACCCCAGUCUAGUAAUCAGCCCUGUUAAGGAAGAAGAUGAAUGGGACAGCCCUCAUAUUGUCAGAUACCAUGAUAUUAUGUCUGAUGAGGAAAUAGAGAAAAUUAAGGAGCUGGCAAAACCAAAAUUGGCAAGAGCCACUGUGCGUGACCCUAAAACUGGUGUCUUGACGUUUGCCAAUUACAGAGUUUCUAAAAGCGCCUGGCUAGAAGAAUAUGAUGACCCAGUGGUUGCUAGGUUAAACCUACGCAUGCAAGCAAUCACAGGGCUAACGGUAAACACAGCAGAGUUGCUUCAGGUGGCAAACUAUGGUAUGGGCGGUCAAUAUGAACCACAUUUUGAUUUUUCAAGGCGUCCCUUUGACUCAAAUCUCAAAUCGGAAGGAAAUAGGCUUGCAACAUUUCUUAACUAUAAAGAGGAACCUGAUGCUUUCAAGCGUUUAGGCACUGGGAAUCGUGUGGCAACCUUUUUAAACUACAUGAGUGAUGUACAGUCUGGUGGAGCAACCGUGUUUCCAGACUUUGGUGCAGCAAUAUAUCCCAGAAAGGGCACAGCUGUGUUUUGGUACAAUCUUUUCAGAAGUGGAGAAGGAGAUUACAGAACACGACACGCAGCUUGUCCUGUGUUAGUAGGCAGCAAGUGGGUGUCAAACAAGUGGUUCCAUGAAAGAGGGCAAGAAUUUAUAAGGCCUUGUGGAUUAACAGAAGUUGACUAACGCCCAGUCUUCCCUUACUUUUGAAUUUUAUUUGGGUCACAUUUAUUUUUUCCUUCAAUUUUUUUUACUACUGCCAUUUUUUUUUUUUUUGUACACCUGGUAUCCAGUAUUGUGAAUCCAGUAUUCUAUGGCCAUUCACCAAAUAGUUUUUAUGAUUCACAUUCAUGACCUUUAAUGUCACCAUGUUUUGCUUGAGCCCGUAAAGAAAAGACUAGAUGUGCAGCUCUAAGAUAUUUCUACGGUUUACCAAUAUUUGAUCACAUGACUCCAGAAGCCAAUAGAAACUUUAUGAAAAUAUCAAAAAUGCUGUUGUCCCAAUAGAUUGACACACAUGAUGGACAAAACCUGUUUCUACUGAGUUUAAAACGGGCCCCAGUUCAGUUUUGCUAAGGGGCUUUCUAUGAAGCCAUGACAACCAAAAAUAAGUCUUACGAGUUCGGAACUUAAAGAGGCUUCUAUAUUCUCAGGACCAAAGGUUACAAAGAAUUAAAUAGAAGAGCUCUUUACCUUGCCAAUGCUCACUUCCUUCAGAAGAGGAUGAAAUUCCCAAUUUCAUGGCAUAAAGAGGAUAAUUGUCAUUAUAAUUUCAUAUCUGAAAAGCUUGGUCUACAUGUUAUGGUGUCACUACACCAAAAGUUAGAGGUCUUGAGGACAAUUGUGUUAAUGAACGUAGCAAUACUGUUAUAUGAGCCCUGUUUUUUAUGUUGUAAAUUUAAUUUUAAUGGUGCUAACAGAUUUGUUUUUAUAGAUAAUGUUGUGACUAGCUGCUUCUGAUAUUUUUAUUUAGAAAAUGAUCACUGUAUAGUUUGGCAGGAAUUCCAAUCAGUGGGACAUUAAAAAACAAAAAAACAAAAACAAAACCUUCUUCAAGGGGCACUCUAAGUUCCAUUGCCAUUAUAGCCCACUGUAGAAGUUGCUGUGCCAUGAGUUCCCUAGUGUCAACCCACGUGAAGGAAUCAAACCAUAUGUGUACAAUUUACACUUUGCUUGGUCCACCCUGGUUACCACAAACUUUCUAGUCUUUUUGAUAAAAUCACAGAUU